UUGGCAGCCAUCGGAUCGGAGCCGGUGGCGUACAUGCCUAGCUAGCUACAUAGUUAAUAGCAAAGAGUCGAGUCGCGUCGUCAGUAAUUCGUACUUCAGUGCAGUGUCAGUGCAGAAGUUCGGAACAUGUAAUGUAGACCUAGGCCUAAGUGCUUCAUUAACUUAAACGGCCAGCGGGUUAAGGUGACUGUGGAAUUCAAAGAUUACAAGAUGGAACCCAACCGAAGUACCAGUCGCUCAACGUUGAAUGUUACAAUACCUAGCGAGAUCGAGGGUAGCAAUGGCAGCCCUCACCCAACACUGGCAACAGAAGUCGAGCAGGUCACUCGGUUGUCGGAUCAUGGGUCAGAGAAGGCACUACUGCCCUUACAGAACCAGCCUGGCUCUGCUAUCCAACAGAGGGAAUUGACAGAAAUCUUAGCAGCUCGUGCCAUUGAGCGAUGUUGGUGUUCCUACAGAGACAGACAGAUGUUUAAGCUUCUCAAGCAUGCCAUUUGUGCAGCGGAGCAUUCACUGACCCAUGAGAUUCUCCGUAAAGUUAGUCCAACAGAAGCAAAGCUCAUCAGAGACCCCAGUUUACGAGCAAGGGUCCGCUUCAGAUUUGCAGGGUCUGAAUUUCCACCGAUUAUUCUUUUCAAAAUAUUCACCAACACGGAAGGCACCGGGCUACAGUACCUCAGCGGCAAACGGAACAUCAAGCCUGCUUCCGAUGCUGCAGUGGAUGCCUGUCGCAUGAUGGGUCAUCGGAAAUUCUACGACCAGAUCAUAGCAGACACUUGCCAGCAUGAGCGAGACAAAAUUACCAGUGAGGUUGAUGUGACUACAGUCAAGGACUACAUGAAGUAUCUGAGCAAGUUGGAUGAGAUGCCGUCAUACAUGGGCGGCAGGGAGAACAUGUGGAGAAAAUUGGAUCAGUCGGUUUUGCCCAGGACUACCAUUUUGUAUGAUGUGAUAGAUUACCUUAAUCGAGGUGGCAACUCUCCAUCAGCAAGGCUGCAAGCUGAAAUGCCUGCACUUACAGCCAGACCACUCACAGAAGAAAUGCAGCGGGCACAUGUCCGGAUCAUCUCAGAAUUACGAGAACCAUUGCAGAUCCCCAUUCCAUCCCCUACUUUCAAGCCAUCAAGUUCCCGAGGCAGUACACCAGGGCAUACAUCAAGACGCUCCAGGCAAGCCAAGCAGAGAGCAUCCAAGAUGAGAAAAAUGUACAUGGCAAGCAAAGCAGAGUCACGUGGGGAGAACCCUUCUUAUGAUGAUGCUGUUGGCACCGUAGCUGCAGCUCAAGUGGUGUCAGGAGGAUACCAGGACGAUGAAUAUGGGAUGCUGGAUGAUGAUGUAGAGGAAGAAUGGCAGAAGGAGGCUGACCAGCUGUAUGCGUGGACACAGGACCUGUCGUAUGAGGACAUUGGGCUGACCACACCUUGCUGAUGGAGGACUGCAUUCAAGUCCUGUAUAAGAUUAAUGCCGAGAUACCAGACCUGUCCUUUGGAGACACCAUGCUGACUCAGUUACAGUUAUACAAGCACAAGAUGAACUGUAGUGUGUGGCAGUUGUAACUUUGCAUCAGGCAUUGGAAUGGACAGGGGAAUGUCAAUGUGGGAACGACGGGCAAAAGCGUGUUGCUGUCCAGACUGAAGUAUACGUUUUCUGCCUUGACAAGACAUGUUCCUGGACGAUGGCCGAUUGACUUUGUACGAGUUUGUCACUGUUGCUUUGGCCAGGCUUGUAGGACAACACUUGAAUACUUGGACACAAGUCAGUGUUGUAACGAGUCACUAAAUUUGGUGACUCAAGUCGGGUCGAGUCAUUUUUACACUGACUCAAGUCCAGUCAUUUGGUCAAGAAGUCGAGUGAAGUACUGAGCUCAAGUCAAUAUGAGUCACAAAUUUUUGAACAAAAUAUAAUAAAAACACAACUACAUGUAAGUCAUUUUUUGGUAUUUCUAUUUUUCAUUUAGACAAAAUAAAUGAGUGUGACAGGUA